ACUGCCGUCGAAACCGCUAAUGUAAAACAUUCUCUUAAUCCUUUUGAUGAAAUUGCGAUUGAGGAGGCAAUAAGAUUAAGAGAAAAAUUAGGUGAAAAUAUAGUAAAGGAAAUUCUCGCAGUGACUUGUGGUCCUUCUAAAGGUCAAGAACAGUUGAGAACUGCACUCGCUAUGGGUGUGGAUAGGGCUAUACACGUUGAAAUAUCUGACGAUUCGUAUUCAAAAUUACAACCUUUGGGUGUUGCUAAAUUAUUAAGAGCUAUUGUUGAAAAAGAAAACCCCAAUUUGGUUAUUUUAGGAAAACAAGCUAUUGAUGAUGACGCUGGUCAAACAGGUCAAAUGUUAGCCGGUUUAUUAAAUUGGCCUCAGGCUACUUUUGCAUCUAAAAUUGACAUUAGCGGAGACAGUAUUAAAGUAACGCGUGAAGUCGAUGGUGGUUUAGAAACAAUUGGUAGUAAAUUGCCUUCAGUCAUUACUACGGAUUUGCGAUUAAAUGAACCCCGGUUUGCUACUCUCCCUAAUAUCAUGAAAGCCAGGAAGAAACCCUUGGCUAAAUUCACACCACAAGAUUUAAAUGUUGACAUAACUCCUCGGCUAGAGACAAUUUCUGUAACGGAUCCGCCAACAAGAAAAGGAGGUGGUAAAGUAGAUUCAGUGGAUGAUUUAAUUUCCAAGCUAAAAUCGGCCGGGGCUUUGUAA